UGUGUUUGUUUCAUAAUAUGUAUGGGGAAAAAAACAUAAUAUGGUGGGGAUAUUUGUAUCAUUGAAAUUUAAUCUUUGGAGGAUGUCGCUGUCUUACCAAUAAAGGGGCAUUGGGAGGAGGAGUCGUUCAGCAAACAGCCACACAUUUGUUAAACCAGCACACACCCCAAGGUCCAGACCAUACCUUCCCUCUUCUAUCCUGGACCACCAUGGACCCACGCAAUGUUCUGCUUGUUUUGCUGGUGUUUGCCACCAGAGUCCAAGUUUCUCUUCAAGGUGCAAAUGAAAAAAGACUAUAUCGUGACCUGAUGGUUAACUACGACCCACUAGUGAGACCAGUCCUCAAUGAGUCUGAAAUUCUCAUGGUCGAACUCGGCUUGAACCUCAUGCAGAUCAUGGAUGUGGAUGAGAAGAACCAAGUGUUGACCACCAAUGUCUGGUUUAAAAUGUCCUGGAAUGACUGCCAGCUGCUGUGGAACACAUCUGACUAUAAUGGGGUGUCCACUAUGAGAUUUCCUGAUCAUCUUCUUUGGAAACCGGACAUUCUCCUUUAUAACAGUGCAGAUGAAAGAUUUGACGCAACCUUCCACACAAAAGUUUUGGUGAACCAGUCUGGAGGCUGUUUAUUCUUACCUCCAGCGAUCUUUAAGAGCACCUGCUAUAUAGACGUCCGCUGGUUCCCUUUUGACAUCCAGAAAUGUGACCUCAAAUUUGGCUCCUGGACUUAUGGGGGCUGGUCUGUGGACUUGACGAUGUCGGAGGCAGACAUCAGUAAUUACGUCGCUAAUGUAGAGUGGGACCUUGUUGAGGUUUCAGGAAAGAAGAAUGAUCACAUCUAUGAAUGCUGUCCAGAGCCCUAUCCCGAUGUCACAUAUACCAUAGUGAUACGUAGACGGACCCUCUAUUAUGGACUCAAUCUGCUCCUCCCCUGUGUCCUGAUCUCCAUUUUGGCCAUGCUUGUGUUCCUGUUGCCUGCUGACUCUGGAGAGAAGAUCUCACUUGGGAUGACAGCACUGCUCUCGCUAAUUGUCCUCAUGCUGCUAGUUGCAGAGAUUAUACCUGCCACAUCAGACUCAGUUCCUGUUAUAGGCCAGUACUUUGUCACCACUAUGGUCAUUGUUGCAGUCUCCAUAACCGCUACAGUUGUGGUCUUACAAUUUCACCACCAUGACCCCGAUGGAGCAAAGAUGCCCAAGUGGGUACGUGUCCUCCUCCUGAAUUGGUGUGCCCGGUUUCUACUCAUGAAGCCUCCAGGUGAGGACAAAAGGAUUCCACAGCGCAGUCUGACCGGUGAGGAUGAGGUGUUCCUUGCCAAAGGUCUGAGCUCCACAGUUGACAGCAGCGAAGUGGAGCUUGUCAAGAUCCUGGAGGAAGUGCGCUAUAUUGCCAAGCGCUUCCAUGACAAAGAUGUGGGAAAGUCAACAUGCAAUGAUUGGAAAUUUGCUUCGGCUGUCAUCGACCGUCUUUGUUUCAUGUUUUUCUCACUGUUCAUUAUCUUGUACACUUUUGGGUUUCUUAUGUCAGCACCAAUUUUUUCUGAGGCCAUAUCCAAAGAUGGUUUCUACUGAGAACUAAAGACAUUAAAUAGAAACUUCGGUGGAGGCAAAUAUUUACAUGAUUUAUCUUUGAAACAGUACACAGUAGACUAACAUACUAACGUAUCACCAAAUAAUACAUCUUGAAGUGACAAUGCAUGCAUUCCAACAUCAUACAUUCGGCUUUGAUAACUAACCUUUGCUUUUGAUUUGAAAAAAAAAAAUAAUCUGCCUUACUUUUAUUUUUUAUAUUUUUUGUACUCUUUUAUGUAAACAAUUUUCUAAUAAAAUUGCAUCCAUCUA